AUGUUAAAAAUGAUAGUACCUCCCCUUCUUGACAAUCGUGCCAUCGGCUUAGAGGCAUGGAAUUCUGCCUCUUCGCGACUAAAGAGCAUUCUCCCAGAGGCUGAAAUCUCCACCGAAAACGUUGCAGCCAUCUUCACUCCACCCAAAGGCGAUGGCCUCCGACUCCCGGAAAACGACCAAUACCGCUUCCUAGUGGUGGACGAUAAUGUAAUUUACUUGCGCAUAUUCAAGCGAGUGCUCCAUAAACUCUUCCCCACUGCUACGGUGGAUGUGCUACAGCUUUCUACUGCAGUUGAUGUGCACUCUCUUCUGCAAUACCACAUAGUCUUUUUGGACAUUGAGAUGCCCGAUGUCACUGGUGUAGAUAUUGCUCGCAGCGUUCGCAGCUGUCCAUCCUUGGAUACUGUCGGGCUUAUCGCUGUGACCACCAGACAUUUGCUUUCAGAUUUACAGUUGUACCAACAAUGUGGAUUUGACCACACCUUCCCAAAGCCGGUUGGCUUGAACCAGGGAAAUAUUUUCGAGCAAAUCUUACGUGUGCUUGAGAACAGAAGUAGCCACUUCUGUUGA